CAUUGUUUUUUUUUCCUCUGAAAACAAAAGGGGCCCCCCCUCUCUCGCAGAACAAAAAGCGCAGCAGCAGAGACUACGUUGCAUUCAUGUUCUAAAAGUUGGAGGCUAAAGACCUCCUCUCAGUCACUCUUUUCUUUCAGUUCUAAGCAAAAAGGCUGUUUGUUUUUGUUUCCCAGAAAUGGUAGGCCUUUCUCUUGGUGAAAAGCAUUUCAUACAGGGUGGUAUUGAUCAAAACCUCCGCUCUGACGGCCGGAAAAGAGAUGCUUACCGACCUAUUUCUAUUGAAACUGGGGUUAUCCCUCAGGCAAAUGGCUCCGCACGAAUCAGGAUAGGUGCAACAGAGGUUAUUGCCAGUGUGAAGGCUGAGCUUGGAAGACCAAAUGCAUUGCAACCUGAUAAAGGAAAAGUUGCUAUAUUUGUUGAUUGUAGUCCAGUUGCAGAACCAAUGUUCGAGGGCAGAGGGGGCGAGGAACUGUCCGCAGAACUCUCAGUUGCUCUUCAGCGUUGUCUCUUGGGUGGUAAAAGUGGAGCAGGGGCUGGAAUUGAUCUAUCAUCUUUAAUAGUCGCAGAAGGAAAAAUUUGUUGGGAUCUUUACAUUGAUGGGCUUGUCAUCAGUUCAGAUGGAAAUCUUCUUGAUGCUCUAGGUGCUGCCAUCAAGGCUGCCUUAAGCAAUACAGGCAUCCCAAGAGUCCAAGUUGCAGCCGGUGCAUCAGGAGAUGAGCAACCAGAGGUUGACAUAAGUGAUGAAGAAUUUAUGCAAUUUGACACUUCUGGGGUCCCUGUUAUAGUUACUCUAACAAAGGUGGGGAGGCACUACAUUGUAGACGCCACUUCAGAAGAAGAGUCCCAGAUGAGCUCUGCUGUCUCUGUUUCUAUCAGUAGGAAAGGGCAAAUUUGUGGGCUUUCCAAACGAGGAAGUGCAGGUCUUGAUCCGAGUGUUAUUUCUGACAUGAUUUCCGUGGCUCGUCACAUAAGUGAGCAGCUAAUUAAUAAAUUGGACUCUGAAAUAUCUGCUGCUGAAGCUGAUGAAGAUGAAAUGUGACCUCUACACAACCCUGGUAUCAUUGACUCAAGUAAGCUCUAAUAGGACUGUUGAUUGAAUACUCUGGAAUCUCUUAGCUUCACUUUAGAGAUAAAUGUAAUCGAAAAAUUGUUGUACACUUAUCUGAACAUGUCAACGACAUUUUUGAAAGCAGCAACGUGAUUAAUUUGUCAA